UACUAGGUCUGGCUGAGCUCACAACGCUGCUCUGGAGGAUGCAGGCAACGCGUGAGCCCUGAGUGUGGGAAUGGAAGAAACCAUCGGAAGAGCGCAGGUUUCCUGAACUGCCUGUAAGGCGGGCAAAGCAGGCCAUGAAUGCAAUCAACAAAGUAAGAGUGUCGACAGGGACAGCGUGACCGGUCCUGUCUUUGGGGAUGGCAAUCAGAGGCACCAGGAACUAUGACAAGGAGACGGACAAGGAAAACAGUCAAUCCACUGAAGGACUCAAGUUAGCGCUCAAAGAAACUCGGAAGAGGAAACUUUAAAUACUCGAAACCACACGAAACAGCGAAGAUGUGGCACAGAAAAGCACAAAAGCGCCCAGGAACCCCCUGGCUAACUGCGGUAUUUCGGACGGGCGAGCACUCGGCGGCCGAACGCCCCUCCAGCGGUGUAUUUGGUUUCUUGAACGCGAGCGCCCUCUUCUGUUUGGCGAAAGGAAUGACCGAAUUCCUUGAGGGAGCGGCUUGCGGCCCAGGAAAGGCUCCGCGGGCUCCGGUUCCGGCGGCUGGGUUUGCGGAACCCCCGGGGAUCCGCGUGAACGGCGAGAGCGGCGCCACAGACGUCGGUUCAGGGCCGGGGGUCCCCGCUGACGUCACAGGUGCCUCCGCGGCCCCUUCCGGGGCGGGAAAGCGGGGCGCUCGGUCGGAAGUGACGCACCCGCGCGGUCCGUCGAGUGGCGCCGUUUUAAGCUUAGCGGUCUGGGUCGGUUCGUCCGUCUAUCUAGUCACCGGCUGGGGGGCGACCCCAGAAUUCCAGGGCUUUGCCGAAAGGAUCCCAGCCAGUCCGCCGAUCUUCCGGUGCCGACGAGAGAACCGAAGCUCCGCCUGCGGGGGAGGCCGGGCAGGACGAGAGGGGCGCAGGGGGAGAGGGUGCCCGGGCCAUGGCUCCACCCCCCGGGGUGGGUCCCGCGUCCCUGCGGUUUGCAGCGGCCGCCAGCUGGCUGGUCGUCCGCCGCCGCCGCGUCGAGCACUUCCCCAGAGUGCUGGAGUUUCUGCAGUCCCUGCGCGCUGCUGCCCCCGGCUUGGUUUGCUACCGACACCAUGAACGCCUGUGUAUGGGCCUAAAAGCCAAGGUGGUGGUGGAGUUGAUCCUGCAGGAGCAACCCUGGGCCCAGGUCCUGGAUGCCCUGAAUCAUCACUUCCCAGAGACCCAUCCCCAGAGACCAGUACCACUGGACCCCGCAGCUACAAAGCAAGAUAGAAAGAUUUGGGAGGCACGGGAAAGUUUUUGCCUGCAUGUGAAGCAGCUGGCAGAGACUGAGGAUUUGGCCUUGAGCCUGCAGGAACUCAAACAAGACUAUGGGGAACCCUUUCUGGUUGCCAUGGAGAAGCUAUUCUUUGAAUACUUGUGUCAGCUAGAAAAAGCACUGCCUGCAGUCAAAGAACAAGAGCUUCAGGAUGCUCUAAGUUGGGUUCAGCCUGGCUGUCUGGUCACCUCUUCUGUUGCUUUGCGCCAGUAUGGUAUGGACAUGGGAUGGCCAUUUCCAGAGAGCUCUGCUUCUGACUCAGUGACUCUGGCAGAACCCAUGGAACAGAGGCCUCACCAGCAAAUGAAACCAGCACUCCACAGUCCUCCGCCUCAAGCUAAGCUCCGCCUUCACCAACCAGCUUCACGGGAGCACCCAGAACAUUUAGCUGGCAGCCGCUUUAAUCUGGCCCCUCUAGGACAGCGAAAAUUCCGAUCACAGUGGACCUCUGCAAAGGGAAGCCAUAAAGAGCGGCCUACAGUCAUGCUGCUCCCCUUCAGGAGUAUGGACUUACCAGCCCAAGACAGAGCUAACCCUAAAAGCAGAGAAGAGCAUGGAGUGGACACAGCAGGUUCCGUGGGCACAAAAACCGUUUCCGGCGGGAAGUCUAAGCCGGCGUCUCAGGGCCUGGGGAAAAGGGUUCCAGAGGAGAGCCCGCCUGCCUCACCCAAUGCACAGCCAAAGGAGAACUGUGUGGAUUGCUACAUGGACCCUCUAAGUCUCUCCCUAUCACCUCCUAGAGCCAAGAAACCAGUCCAGUCCCCAUCCCUGUGUAGCUCUGUCAUUACCAUAGGGGACUUGGUGUUGGACUCUGAAGAGGAAGAAAGUGACCAGAGGGAAGGAAAGGACAGCUGCAGCCUCCAUCCUACAAAGUAACAAGCACUGUGAGAGACAGCAUGGACUCCUCCAGGCUCUACAACUGCCCAUGUCGAAAUGGACAAGAGUUCAGGUCCUGAGCAGGACUUGGCUGGAGCCCCACGCUACAGAAAACACAGCUGCUAAGCAGCUGCAAACCCCCCCCCCCCCCAGCUUUUGGGUCUUACUGAAAUGAUAUGGCCUCUGAGGCCAUGAGCAGCGUCUGCACACUCCAUCACCGCACUGAGCUGUGGAUACCCGACUCCAGUUUUCUUCCGAGUUGUACAAACAGAGCCUGGGAAGAGCAUGGCGGGUGAGAGCAGUGUUCUAUGGUUUCCACCAAAGGGGUAAAUAAAACGGUGGCCCCAGGGAACCAGCUUACCAGGACCAAUUCCCACUUUGAUGAUGUCGGCCCCAGAGAGGAUUAGCUCUUCUACCAUCUCUCCCGUUACCACAUUUCCUGCCUGAGACACAAUCAAAACAGACCAUCCUUAGGGUCAGCGGUGGAGAGCAGCCUUUGUGCCCAGACACCUUGACUCCGACUGUCCUAUUACAAAUAAAGGGUACUGGAGCCCCUCUACAGGACCCUUCACCAACUUCAAGGGACCUAGAUGCCCACUCACCCUUCCCCCCACAUUCAGACUUUCCCUUAGUGUGAAGUAUGGCCAGUGUCAUCGUUGACCUUUGAGGCAGUAAAGCUGACCAAUGAGAAGACAAGGUGGCAUUAAAGAGCUAUUGGCGAGGCAGAGAAGCCACUCAGAUCUGACAGUGGUCCCUUUCACUACCGGGUCACUCCUCCCCAGUCCUUCAGAGAAAACGGAAAGACUGAAACGGGGGCUAAAACAUCCGUCUGCCUAACUACUGGGACAGUGCAGGCAUUCCUUUCAAUGCUGUGAAGAAAAGGAAGCCUUGGGUUUUGUCUCUAAUAAGCCUCCAAAAAAAUAAAACAUGGUUUUAUGUGA